CGACUCCCAAUCCAGCCCUCCUAGUCCCCAAGGUCCAAGCCCAAGAUGAAGAUCUUCGCCGUCGCCGCCGUCGCCAUCGCCGCGCUUUCGACUGUCGACGCUGUCGAGCAGGCCUCCGUGCACCUGCGCGUCCACAGCACCAAGGGUGGAUGCACAAUCACGAACGAGUCGCAGUGCGACGGCCAGAAUUGGACCGGCAGCACGUGCUGUGCCGACUCCAACUACGAGUGCCGCUGGUCGGACGAUGGCCAGAACGUCAAGCGCUGCCAGAAGAAGUGGUGGAGCCAGCCGAACCAACCGAACUCGGGGAAUAAUGGGGGGUCGUGCACGAUCACCAACGAGUCGCAGUGCGACGGCCAGAACUGGACUGGGAGCAAGUGCUGCGCCGACUCGAGCUACGAGUGCCGCUGGUCGGACGACGGCCAGAACGUCAAGCGCUGCCAGAAGAAGUGGUACUAAGUGCCCAAGCAAGUUCGUCUCCAUGAGCCAGGCUGUAACACGCCAGCAUCCCUCGUUCCCGCACUCCUGUUUAC